CGGCCUAGGCUUCCCCGUCUGCGGGGCGCGGCGGAUGGAUGAGCGCGGGUGGGCUGGAAAAGGAGCUGGAUAGACUGUCGGGCAGGGGGCGGAGCAGGAGCAGGAGCAGGGCGGGCCCUGCCCCCGCGCGCCGGCCUGACGUGGCGGUUCCCCUCCCCACACAGGGCGAUGAAGGCGCUCAUCCUGGUGGGUGGCUACGGCACCCGGCUGCGGCCGCUGACACUCAGCACCCCAAAGCCGCUGGUGGAGUUCUGCAACAAGCCCAUGCUGUUGCACCAGCUGGAGGCUCUGCGCCAGGCGGGCGUCAAUCACGUGAUCCUGGCUGUCAGCUACAUGUCGGAGGUGCUGGAGGGGGCGAUGCGGGAGCAGGAGCAGCGGCGGGACCCCUGGCGCUGGCCCGGGAGCUGCUGACUGAGAGCUCGGAGCCUUUCUUCGUCCUUAAUAGUGACGUGAUCUGCGACUUCCCCUUCACAGACAUGGUGCGCUUCCACAAGCACCACGGCAAGGAGGGCUCCAUUGUGGUGACAAAGGUGGAGGAGCCCUCCAAGUACGGGGUGGUAGUGUGCGAAGCCGAGACAGGGCGCAUCCACCGCUUUGUGGAGAAACCCCAGGUGUUCGUCUCAAAUAAGAUAAAUGCCGGCAUGUACAUCUUCAACCCCAGUCUCCUGCACAGGAUCCAGCUGCGGCCCACUUCCAUAGAGAAGGAGAUCUUCCCAGUGAUGGCUCAGGAUGGGGAGCUCUAUGCCAUGGAGCUGCAGGGCUUCUGGAUGGACAUCGGGCAGCCCAAGGACUUUCUGACGGGCAUGUGUAUGUUCCUGCAGUCGCUGAGGGUCCAGCACCCAGAGAGGCUGCAUGCGGGCCCUGGCUUCAUGGGGAACGUGCUGGUGGACCCAAGUGCUCAGAUUGGUGAGAACUGCACAAUUGGCCCCAAUGUCACCAUUGGGGCUGGGGUGGUGGUGGAGGAUGGGGUACGGAUCAAGCGCUGCACCAUCCUGAAGGGCUCCCGUAUCCGCUCCCACUCCUGGCUAGAGUCCUGCAUUGUUGGCUGGCUGUCGUCUGUGGGUCAGUGGGUGCGGAUGGAGAACGUGACAGUGCUGGGUGAGGACGUCAUCGUCAAUGAUGAGCUCUAUCUCAACGGGGCCAAUGUGCUGCCACACAAGUCCAUCGCUGAGUCGGUGCCGGAACCACGCAUCAUCAUGUAGCUGCUGGGCCAGGCCUGCUACUGAACUGUUAACACUUUGUUUCCUGGAGCAGAGCCCUACAUGCAGGGGUGGGCACUGGAGCUGGCUCUGCUGGCACAGCAUCUCUGCCAGGAUGCCUAGGAGGGAUUCACAGCAGGGCACAGCACUAGGCCCUCAUGGGCUGCUGGGCUCUGAGGAGCUAGGGGCUAAUGGGGGUUUGUGGCCAUGGGGCUGCUGUCAGGGGGCAGCAAGGGGGAAGAGCUCGAUCCUGUAGCAGUAGAAAGUGUUCAGGGAAAAUAGGGGGCCACAGCUGCAACAUGCCUGUGCUGGUAGGAGCCAGGUGUGCCGCUGAGGGCCAGGCAUACAGGGCCCUACCCAAUACAAUUACACUGUCUAAAAGUG